CUUGCUUUCAAUGAGAAUUACAUAUCUUUAACUCACAUUUCUAUGUGAAUUUGGUCAGGUCGCCCAAAAAGUUCCACAGUGCAGCUUUAAAAACAAGACAUACUGUCUGAAUCACCAUCAGCAGCAGUCAGAUUAUUUGCACCAUAACACUUUAAAUUAUAGUAAUUCGUAGCACCAGUCUCUAUGGUCCUUUCUAAUCUCAUAACUGACAGCAUGGAAUCUGAAACACCCCUUGGCCACACAAAGCCUCCUUCACAACUCCACAAGAAAGGGAAGUGUUUCUGAAGUCUGGGAGUGGGGGAGUAUGGUUACAAACAGUUUUUUCUAGAUGCCGUUUUUUUUUGUUGGAACAAAAAGUUUUUUCUUUCAGCCGAUCCUGUUACACUAAUCCCUCCUCCGUCACGUCACAUCUCUCCUCUCCUGUCACAUCCCUCCUCCCUCUGUCACAUCCCUCCUCCCUCUGUCACACUCUGCUCAAUGUGUCCCUUCAAACACACACACACAUGCACACCACACAUACAACACGUGCAAAAUCUGACACAAAUUCUAUCUGUCCCUCACAUAUUGUAAUAAUUGUUAUCAAAUUAAACCCAAAUGAAGAAAUCAAAAGUCUGGCAAAAUCUGAAAUGUUACGUAAGAUAUUCAUGAGGGCAUCAACUAAGGAACAUUGCCUGAAUAAAGUACUAUCUUAGUCUAAAGCAUUUGUUAAACUUCCAUCAUGUUCCACGACCCAUAAUGCUUUGCAUCAUGCCCCGCCCUAAUUGCCCAGAGAAGAACUUGGGGCGAGUUCAGCAGGAUGUAACUUUUUGGAACGUUCAGAUAGAAAUUGGCUAUGUAGAACAAACAUGUCUCUCUGACACGUCGGCCCUAUUCAUGGAAUUUCUAUCUGCAACGUUCGAGAAGGUUUUUCAACUGAACGUGGCCCUGCUGGGCUAGAAGAUGAUGUCACAGGCAUAUAUCUCAUAUCUCCCCCCCCCCCCCCCCCCCCCCCCCAGAGGGAGGUGUGGUGUAUAUACACCUGCUCACUGUCACCCAGGUGGAUACUCAGGAGACAGAGAAGACAAUACUGACGCCACCAUUCACAGAGAGAGCGUUUGAGAGGAGGGAGGGAGGAAGAGGAGGGAAAGACUGAUAGAGGAGGAGGGAGAAAAAGAGAAAAUAGAGAGGUAGAGAGAGAGAGGUAAAGAGAGGGACGGGAAGAGAGUCAGGUGUAGCAGAACAGGUAUAGAGACACAGAUACACCCAGAGGUAGGCAGGUAGGAACUGUACGCAGGAACAGACGCCUGUAACAGGUGAGCAAGGCAGCAAUCUGGGAUCUCUGUCAUCUCUGGUGACCUACUAUACAUAACAGCAGCUUAGCGGAGGGAGAGAAGAGGCUGAAACUGAAGAAGGGUCAGCUGAAAAAAAAGACACUGCCAACCAUUAAAGGACUGAGAGACGGGAGGAAACGGGAAGUGACUAAAGAAUGUUUCAGUUCAGGACUCACAGACCCUGAACAAUCCAAAGGGAGUGCCAAUAGAGUAGAUAGGGACUGUGAGACACAGAGGCGUGCGAACGUCAGACUUUCUAAGGACUCUGACUGACAACAACCAGCAAACAGCUAGAGAGACAGUGUGUUCUCUCCUCUGCCCCCUCUAACAUGGUCUCUCUGGGGAUCCAGAUGCUGGGCAGCGCCCUGAGCCUGCUGGGCUGGGUGGGGGUCAUCCUGACCUGUAUCCUGCCCAUGUGGAGGGUCACGGCCUUCAUUGGAGCCACCAUCAUCACGUCUCAGACCAUCUGGGAGGGUAUCUGGAUGAGCUGCGUGGUCGAGAGCACGGGCCAGAUGCAGUGUAAACCAUACGACUCCCUCCUGGCCCUGUCCUCCGACCUCCAAGCCGCCAGAGCGCUCACCGUCCUCGCCAUCGCCACGGGCGCUGCCGGGCUCCUACUGGCCUUCGUCGGGGGGAAGUGCACUCGGUUUCUGGACGAGCAAGGGGGCGGGGUCAAAGAACGGGUUGCCGUGACAGCGGGCGCGGUGUUGAUCGCCACGGGGGUGCUGUGCCUGAUCCCCACUUCGUGGGCUGCUGGGGCGGUGGUGCAGGGGUUCUACAGCUCCACCACCGAUGCCCAGCGGAGGGAGAUCGGGGCGUGUCUAUACAUCGGCUGGGGGGCAUCCAUCCUUCUCAUCCUGGGAGGGGGGCUGUUCAUCAGCUCCUCCUGCCCCCUCAGGGCCCACGACGAGGAUAAGAGCCCCUCUGUUCGCUACCUGGUGGUUCGCUCUUCCAACGGAGCCGCCUCCAGCCAGGCAGCAGCCUCCCAGCACAGCAGGGGACCAUCCACAAAGUCCCAGGCCAACGACAAAAUGGCCUUUACCAGGUCUCACAGCAGCCAGGCAGCAUCUGCCAAGUCUCAGCCCUGGGGAGUGGUGAAAACCAGGCCUCCCUGGGAGGAGGACGGGCUAGGUGUGGUAGAGCAGGACUACAGGCCGGGGUCUGGGGGGAGUAAGGCACCGUCUACAAAGUCUCAGUUGAAAAGACUGGAGUCUCAGGAGAGUUUAGCAGACAAGUCUCAACCCAGUGAGGAUGAAUCCUUAAACCCAACUAAGACCUAUCUCUGAGACCACACACACACACACACACACAGCAUGGUUUAUGGAAAAUAUGGACAUUAACUAUGCCUGUGUGUACUUGUUUUGUGUGUAAAAAGUGAUAUUAGACAUUUUAAUAUUUGAUGAAGGAUAUAACUGGCACUGAAAGUUAGGUUUUCUUUUUAUUAGUUGGGUUUGUUUGUGACAUGUAAAAGCUUUUCCAUGUUUUGUUGAUGUAAUAAUGUAUGUAAAGAAAAGUCUACUUCCCUUGAUGUGAAUAUGUUUUCAGUCCCUUUAACAAUGACCAGACAUAUACAGUAAGACUAUUGAUUAGUGUUUAUAUGAAGCUUCUUGGUUCUGCAGUUUGUUUCAUAGCUUCAUUUUGACACAUUUAAAAUACCAUUUCCUCUUUCACGUGCAAAACGCAGAAUCAGUUCAAUAUGAAUUAGUAUGUGACCAGCUACGCUAUGGAAAGCCCCAGCUGGAACAAACCAGUUUGACAGAGAGUGAGUUGAGGCUGAGCUCACACCAAUGGUUUGCAUUGUGUUGGGGAGCGAUAAAAUGCUGUGUCCCGAAUGGCAUCCUAUUGCCUAUGCAGUGCACUACUUUUGACCAGGGCUCAUAGGGAAUAGGGUGCAAUUUGGGAUAGACUCCAUGAUGUUCGUGAAGGAUUCAAAUGUGAGUUUCACCAGAUCAUGGACAUGUGACGUCUGGGUUUUGUUUAUUAAAAUACGGAUGUUUUCCUGUUUACCCUGAACAAGUAUAUCUCUACCAUGAGGCGGGGAUCAAAUGUACUGUCGGCCUACAUGCUUCUAGCCUACUAAACCGAAUGUAACAAACACAAGCUCUGUUUUGCCAAAUUAGGAUGACAAUGCAGGUUUGAGCUCCCUCUGGUGUCUGGAUGGGUUUGUACAUGAACACAGUAACUCUCAUUGACUUAAAGGGUAUAUAUUAAUGAGCAGGAGAAAACCCUCAGGCCCCAAGGACUGAAUGUACAAUAUUAAUAAAUGUUUGGAACCCCU